CAUCUGGGGGAUGAAAUGGCAUGAUUCUUUAUGUCUACCAAUCAACUGCCACUGCUACCACAUUUCUCUAUAAAUAGGCCUCAGAAGAAUGGUAGACACAUCAAACCAAAAGUUGAUCUCUUCUUCUCCUCUCUUCAACCACAAUACAGAGAAAAGCUUCAAGAUCAGACAUGGCUUUCCACCUAAGGUCGAUAAGUUUGCCUUCUAGGCCUCAGGUCAGUGAGACUGAAAUCGAGCAAGAGCUGCUCAGCCUAGAGGCCAGCAUCUCUUCCUCCAUCACCAUCAGCACGAUGUGUGAUGGUCUGAGGAGGCUUGGAGACAUCUACAAUGUUGUUGAAGAGAUUGUUUGCCUGCCAAGCUCCUCCCAGCAGAGGAAGAUGUUGGACGGAGAGAUGGAAUGCUCUCUUGAGCUGUUGGAUCUCUGCAGCACCAUGCAAGAGAUCUUCGUCGAGAUGAAGGCCAUCAUCCAAGAGCUGCAAGUGGCUCUAAGAAAAGGAAAUGAUGCAGCUGCUCAAGCAAAGAUCCAGUCCUAUACUCGCUUGGUGAAGAAGGCCAAGAAACAUUUCAAGAAGCCCGCUAAGAAGACUACUUCUGCAGAUUGCAGGAUGGUCAUGCUGUUGAGCAACGCCAGAGAGGUCUCCAUCUCUCUGCUGGAGUCCACAGUCCAGCUCUUGUCAAAGAAAAUCGAGACUCCUAAACAGUCACUUAUUUCCAAGGCAUUUCACAACAAGAAGGCAGUUGUUUGCGAGGAGGAGCAAUUGCAGGAGUUAGAGUGCAGCAUCGGAGAUCUUGAGAAUGGAGCAGGACACCUGUUCAGGAAAUUAGUCCAGAGCAGAGUUUCUCUCCUCAACAUUCUUAGCUCAUAGAUACUCCAUCUCACUCUUGACGUCCUGUGACUUGGCAUCCGCCUUUUUGAGGAUUAGCCGAUCAUGGCACAAUUUUCCCAUAUGUAUAUAGUACAAAUGUACAGAAAAUUAUAGAAAGGCAAAGCAAAGUUUUGAUCUAUUUCAUGAUUUGUGAUCUCUCUAUACUUUCAGUCGAUGUCCUUGGUUAGUGGAUCAUGUUACUUGUACAUUAAACAUGCCAGAUCAAGGCUACAAGCGCUAAGGCUGUAAUUAGCACAGAGAAUAAAUUGUUAAUUACAAAGAUUCCCCACCAACACCA